AUGCGGCUCUCUUUUGGCCAGUUCAUUUCUGUAAAGCUGAAGCAGGAUGAGACGGUACUUCUCGUGAUCGGUCUUUGUGAGGCAAAACCGGAAGUAUUCAAAGAUUGGGCGGGAUUCUACUUCGAGUGGAACCAAAUCCCCGAGCAGACAACGCCCUUGAUGGUGGCAUCUGUGCAUGGUCUCGAAGCUGUUGUUCGCCGGUUGCUUCAGAAUCGAGGAGCGGAUAUCGAUACCAGGGACACCUUAAGUAGCACACCACUCUCAUUAGCUGCACAGUAUGGACACGAAGCUGUGGUGCAGCUACUUCUAGAGACCGGACAAGUGGACUUGAACAGCCAAGACUCUCGGCAUGAGACACCACUCUCAGUAGCCGCAUGGCUAGGACACGAAGCCGUGGUGAAGCUACUCCUAAAAACUGGAAAAGUGAAUGUCAAUUGUAAAGACAUUGAUAAUGACACGCCACUAUCAAUCGCUGCACGACGUGGAGAUGAACCUGUGGUGAAACUACUCUUGGAUACUGAUCACCUGGCCGCCUAA